UCCUUAUCCAGUCACCAUGUGCACCUCAGAAACUUUCCAAGCACUGGACACCUUCGAAGCCAGAAGUGAUGACAUCGUGCUAGCAUCCUACCCGAAGUGUGGUUCAAAUUGGAUCCUGCAUAUUGUCAAUGAAAUAAUAUUUACUGUUUCUAAAAAAAGAUGUGAAUAUCCAGAAUUCCCAGUACUUGAAUGUGGAGACUCAGAAAAAUAUGAGAGAAUGAAACAGUUUCCAUCUCCAAGGAUUUUGACCACACACCUCCAUUAUGACAAGUUACCUCAGUCCAUCUUCAAGAAUAAAGCCAAGAUAUUGGUGAUGUUUCGAAACCCUAAAGAUACGGCGGUGUCUUUUUUUCAUUUCCACAAUGACGUCCCUGAUAUUCCAAGCUACGCCUCCUGGGAUGAAUUCCUCAAGCAGUUCAUGAAAGGACAAGUUUCUUGGGGAAGCUAUUUUGAUUUUGCAAUUAACUGGAGCAAACACCUUGAUGAAGAAAAUGUCAAGUUUAUAUUAUAUGAAGACCUGAAAGAGGAUCUGGCCACUGGCAUAAAACAAAUUGCUGAAUUUUUUAAGUUCUCUCUAACUGGGGAGCAGAUUCAAACCAUCUCAGCCCAGAGCACCUUCUCAGCAAUGCGAGAAAAGUCCCAGGAGACGCAUGGCGCUGUGGGUCCCUUCCUAUUUCGCAAAGGUGAAGUUGGUGAUUGGAAAAACUUGUUCAGUGAAGCUCAGAACCAGGAAAUGGAUGCAAAAUUCAAAGAGUGUUUAGAAGGCACUUCCUUAAGCGCAAAGCUGAAGUAUGAAUCAUAUUGUCACGACUGAUUC